AUGAUUUCAGGACAAAAACUUUGUGCCAUGAUCCUCUUUGCGUUGGCUGCAAACAUGGCCUCUGCAUUCGUGAACAAGUGUCCCCAGCCUACAGCAGGGGAUCCGAGCCCUAAAGCUUUCUUCUACAGCCACCCGACCGACAAUAGAUAUUUUAUAACUUGCGCCCAUGGCUAUGCUAACCUCAUGGCUUGCCCGACAAAUACUUUCUGGAAUAACGAAGUCCAAACGUGCACAGGAAACGCGUUUAACAGUUUAAUGCCGUUCACGCCUUGUUCCGGUGGCGCAGCGAAACUGAUUCCUCAUGCAACAGCCUGCCAGAGAUACUACAACUGUUCACAGACCGGCCAGCAGUGGAACCGAUACUUCGGAAAAUAUGAAGCCGAAUGCCCGUACCCUCAGCUGUUCGACGCUCAGGAGCUGAGGUGCAAGCCAUACAGUGAAGCCGUCUGCGACAUGUUUAGAGUUGCAGCCAAAGAUCCCUGCGAUUACCUGGCUAACAAAUGUGGAAGCGCCCAUUGUGAGCCCUGUAGCAGCAGGAUGCCAUCUUGUAUCGGGUACAAGGACGGAUUGUAUCAACAUCCUCGUAAACUGAACUCUCCAUACAAGAUGCACUGUGUCUCCGAGAGAUUGUACCAACUGUUAAUGUGUUUGCCCCAAACGUCAUCAAGAGGAAAGGCCAACACAUCCAGGACAAGCUGCCAGGUUAUGUGGCAGGCCGAUAUUUAG